UAGCGGUUGGAACAGCUACGCGCAUAUCUACUUGUCUAUGGACAAAUGUCAAGUUGAAAUAGAAAAGUCGAAACUUCUCAUUCGGCCAUUUUCGUUGUGACAGUCUUACGACAUGUCGCACAGGAAGUUUUCAGCACCCCGUCAUGGGUCGAUGGGAUUCUACCCCAAGAAGAGGUCCCGUCGUCAUCGUGGCAAGGUGAAGGCUUUCCCCAGAGAUGACCCCAGCAAACCAGUGCAUCUUACCGCUUUCAUCGGCUACAAGGCCGGUAUGACCCACGUGGUCCGUGAACCCGACCGUCCUGGAUCAAAGAUCAACAAAAAGGAGAUCGUAGAGGCAGUAACCAUCAUAGAGACUCCCCCCAUGGUGGCGGUGGGCGCUGUCGGCUACAUCGAGACUCCGCACGGGCUCCGCGCUCUGCUCACCGUGUGGGCCGAGCACAUGUCUGAGGACUGCCGUCGUCGCUUCUACAAGAACUGGUACAAGUGCAAGAAGAAGGCUUUCACCAAGUCCAGCAAGAGGUGGCAAGAUGAGCUCGGCCGCAAGUCCAUUGAGAAGGACUUCAAGAAGAUGAUCCGUUACUGCACUGUGGUGAGGCUCAUCGCCCACACCCAGAUGAAGCUGCUGAAGCAGCGUCAAAAGAAAGCUCACAUCAUGGAAAUCCAGAUUAACGGUGGCACCAUUGAAGACAAGGUCAAGUGGGCCAGGGAACAUCUGGAGAAGCCCAUCCCCAUUGACUCUGUGUUCACUCAGGAUGAGAUGAUUGACUGCAUUGGUGUCACCAAGGGCAAGGGAUACAAAGGUGUCACUUCCCGUUGGCACACGAAGAAGCUGCCUCGCAAGACGCACAAGGGUCUGCGCAAGGUUGCUUGUAUUGGAGCAUGGCAUCCUUCAAGAGUUUCCUUCACUGUCGCCCGUGCUGGUCAGAAGGGAUACCACCACCGCACUGAAAUGAACAAGAAGAUUUACCGUAUUGGACAAGGUAUCCACACCAAGGAUGGCAAGGUUGUCAAGAACAAUGCCAGCACUGAGUACGACCUGUCCGAGAAAUCCAUCACCCCCAUGGGUGGUUUCCCCCACUAUGGUGAGGUCAACAAUGACUUCGUCAUGAUCAAGGGUUGCUGCAUGGGACCCAAGAAACGCGUUAUCACCCUCAGGAAGUCUCUUCGCGUCCACACCAAGAGGGCUGCCCUUGAAAAGAUCAACCUGAAGUUCAUCGACACAUCGUCCAAGUUCGGUCAUGGUCGUUUCCAGACGCCGGCAGACAAGGCCGCCUUCAUGGGCACCCUCAAGAAGGACCGCAUCAGGGAGGAAGCCGCCGCCACCACCGCCCCGGCUGCUGCUGCUACUGUGCAAUCUUAAACCAUUGUGCAUUUAUAAUAAAAAUAUAUGA